GCUCUGUGCCACUCGUUUCUUACAAACUUGCAAGGUAUUUUUGUAGCCCUGGGGUUUGGUAACAGUGUCAUCUGUGGGCGUCAGUGCUUCCGUGUCUGUCUGAUGCUGCAGCCUCAGAGGUUUGUAGAGUGCUGCUCCAUGGGCUGGAACUAAGCUCUGGAAAAACAAAGUGGAGCUUGGAGCAUGUGGCCUGAGGAUUGCCUUACCAAGCUAGGGUGGUAGCUAAGAAGUGAGCAGGAUGCCCCCAGGCAUUUACUGCCCUAUGGAAUUCUGGUCCAAGGGGGAAAACCAAAGCAUCCAAGUGGACUUUCUACUGCCCACAGGCAUAUACUUAAACCUAUCUGUGUCCUGCAAUGCCAGCUUGGGCACCAUCAAGCAGGUGGUGUGGAAGCAUGCUCAGUAUGAGCCCCUCUACCAUAUGCUCAGUGACCCCGAGGCCUAUGUCUUCACCUGCAUCAACCAGACAGCAGAGCAGCAGGAGCUGGAGGACGAGCAGCGGCGCCUCUGUGACAUCCAACCCUUCCUUCCAGUGCUGCGGCUCGUGGCUCGCGAGGGAGACAGAGUCAAGAAGGUUAUCAACUCCCAGAUCAGCCUGCUCAUUGGCAAAGGUUUGCAUGAGUUUGACUCUGUGCAGGAUCCAGAGGUGAACGAUUUCCGCACCAAAAUGUGCCAGUUCUGCGAGGAGAGAGCAGCAAAGCGGCAGCAGCUCAGCUGGGCAGCUUGGAUGGAGUACAACUUUCCCUUGCAGCUGGAGCCCAUGGCCAAAGGCCUUGGGGCUGGCCCUCUGCAUACCCCCACCAAGAACAUUUUUGUCAACAUCAAGUUUCAGUCUGGCGGGGAGAGCUUCACUUUCCAGAUCUCCCCAAAGGAGUUCCCCAUCACAUUGAUGAGCUAUGCUAUCAAGAAGCAGGCUACUGUCUUCCGCCACGAGACAGUGGAGAACCCUGAGGACUACACCCUGCAGGUGAAUGGGAAAUGUGAAUAUCUCUAUGGGAACUACCCCCUCUACCAGUUCCAGUACAUUCGCAGCUGCCUGCACCGUGGCCUCACGCCCCACCUGACCAUGGUCCACUCCUCCACUAUCAUUGCUAUGAGAGAUGAGCAAACCAACUGCAUUGCCAGCCCCCCAAAGAUGGCUGCCAAGCCUCCCCCACUCCCUAAGAAAAAGCCCAACUAUGGUUCUCUCUGGUCUUUGGAGCAGUCCUUUUACAUCGAGCUGGUGCAAGGCAGCAAGGUCAACGCAGAUGAGCGAAUGAAGCUGGUGGUGCAGGCAGGUCUCUUCCACGGCAAUGAGAUGCUGUGCAAGACAGUCUCGAGCUCGGAGGUGAAUGUGUGCUCGGAGCCGGUGUGGAGGCAGCGCCUGGACUUCGACAUCAGCAUCUGUGACCUUCCCCGCAUGGCGCGGCUCUGCUUCGCCCUCUACGCCGUCAUCGAGAAGGCCAAGAAGGCACGUUCCACCAAGAAGAAGUCCAAGAAAGCUGACUGUCCCAUUGCCUGGGUGAAUGUCAUGCUCUUUGACUAUAAGGACCAGCUGAAAACAGGGGAGUGCUGCUUGCACAUGUGGUCCUCCUUUCCAGAUGAGAAAGGGGAACUGCUGAACCCCAUGGGCACGGUGCAGUGCAACCCCAACACAGAAAGUGCAGCAGCCUUGGUCAUCUGCUUCCCCAGCGUCGCUCCACACCCUGUCUACUACCCCUCGUUUGAGCAGCUUCUGGAGUUGGGGAGGAAUGGAGAACAACUCCGUGCUGCAGCAGAAGAUCCUGAGGAGAAGCAGCAGCUGAAGGAGAUCCUGGAGCGCAGGAGCCACACUGAGCUGUAUGAGCAUGAGAAGGACCUGGUGUGGAAGAUGAGAUAUGAUAUCCGUGACCAGUACCCACAAGCUUUGGCCAAGCUGCUCAUCAUCACCAAAUGGAACAAGCAUGAGGAUGUUGCCCAGAUGAUUUCCCUGCUUCAGACCUGGCCAGAGCUGCCUGUCCUGAAUGCCUUGGAGCUGCUGGAUUUCAGCUUUCCUGACCGUUAUGUUGGUUCCUUUGCUAUCAACUCCCUGAAGAAGCUGACAGACCAUGAGUUGUUCCAGUACCUGCUGCAGCUCGUCCAGGUGCUUAAAUAUGAAUCCUACCUAGACUGUGAAUUAACCAAGUUCCUGCUGGACAGGGCAUUAUCCAACCGCAAGAUCGGCCACUUCCUCUUCUGGCACCUGAGGUCAGAAAUGCAUGUUCCUGCAGUUGCCUUGAGGUUUGGCCUGAUUCUGGAAGCAUACUGCAGAGGCAGCACCCACCAUAUGAAAGUUCUGAUGAAGCAGGGAGAAGCACUCAACAAGAUGAAAGCUCUGAAUGACUUUGUUAAAGUGAGUUCUCAGAAGGCCACCAAGCCUCAAACCAAGGAGAUGAUGCAUGUGUGCAUGAAGCAGGAAACCUAUCUUGAAGCACUUUCCCACCUCCAGUCGCCCUUGAACCCCAACAUUAUCCUCGCUGAAGUCUGUGUGGACCAGUGCACCUUUAUGGACUCCAAGAUGAAACCUUUAUGGAUUGUGUUUAAUAACGAAGAGACAGGUGGAGGUGGAGUGGGCAUUAUCUUUAAGAAUGGAGAUGAUCUCCGUCAGGACAUGCUGACUCUACAGAUGAUCCAGUUGAUGGAUGUCCUAUGGAAGCAGGAAGGCCUGGACCUGAGGAUGACCCCUUAUGGCUGCCUCUCCACAGGAGACAAGACUGGACUGAUAGAGGUAGUCAUGCAUUCAGACACCAUUGCCAACAUCCAGCUGAACAAGAGCAACAUGGUGGCCACAGCAGCCUUCAACAAGGACGCUCUGCUGAACUGGUUGAAGUCCAAGAACCCAGGUGAUGCCUUAGAACAAGCUAUAGAGGAGUUCACUCUUUCCUGUGCUGGGUACUGCGUGGCCACCUACGUGCUGGGGAUCGGCGACCGGCACAGCGACAACAUCAUGAUCCGGGAGACUGGGCAGCUGUUCCAUAUCGAUUUUGGUCACUUUUUGGGGAACUUCAAGACUAAAUUUGGUAUCAACAGAGAACGAGUUCCUUUCAUCUUAACCUAUGACUUUGUGCAUGUCAUCCAGCAAGGGAAAACUAACAACAAUGAGAAGUUUGAAAGAUUCAGGGGUUAUUGUGAAAAGGCCUACAUGAUUCUGAGGCGCCAUGGUCUGCUCUUCCUGCACUUGUUUGCACUGAUGAAAGCUGCUGGCCUGCCAGAACUCAGCUGCUCUAAAGACAUUCAGUAUCUAAAGGAUUCCCUAGCCCUUGGGAAGACAGAUGAGGAGGCACUGAAGCACUUCAGACUCAAGUUUAACGAAGCCCUGCGAGAGAGCUGGAAAACCAAAGUGAACUGGCUGGCACACAACGUAUCCAAAGACAACAGGCAGUAGAGCAGCAGCCUGCAGCCCUGCUCCCAGAGAAUGUAAAACCUGCACUGAGUCCAGCAGCUGCAGACAGAGUUGUAGACUGAUGAAUGUUGCUGUGCUGAAGAUCCCCCACCUGUGCUCCCAGAGAUCAGACAUUCCUGCAUGACUGAAAAGGGCCUCUCCUCAGCUCCAUCAUCCUGUCUGCUGUAGAUCUUUGGGGACCAGAGACCAGAGGCAAUAAAAUUACUGCAAACAGUGAAGGGGAGGUAGGUACUGUGCCCCUGUCAACUCGUUAGGCUUCAAAUGCAUCUUCUAGAGGAAGAGUUCAGGCAGUUGUAACAUCCUCCCAGUGUGUUAAUGUGUAUAGUUCUAUUUUCUUGACAAUAUAGCUGAACACUGAGAACCAAUCACUCCUGUAGCUCCUGUACUAUAGCCCAUCUUCUAGGUCCCCCUCCCUGCAGCAUGGAGGCAUUGACUCCGCCACGUGAUUGUUCCUCCUACCUUGUUUCAGUGCACACCAAGGUAGGGCAGCUUAAAUCCCUGCUGCAGCCAACCUGGACAGUUGGUUAAUCCUGCAUUGUGGCAGGGUAAGAGUAUCUAUGCUGUCAUCUUACUGCUACAGAGGCCAGUGUGGUCUGAAACUGAACUGAUGGUGCAGUCAAAAACCUGAUGCCUGGAUUGGGUUAGGUAUUUUUGUUUCCUUUCCUGUGUCAGAUUUCAGUUGAGGAUCCAGCAGUUCCUGGGUUGUCCUAAGCCUGAAAAGAGCUGCUUAAAACUGGCCUGGAGCAUUGGUUGCCACAUGUGUCUCCUGCUGGGGUACAUUAGAGCCAGUUUGCCACCUGCCUUCCCUGCACUACCUGCAUGCAGGGCCCUGGCCUGUGCCUGCAUCAGCACUGGGCUACUACACUGACAGCCCAGUGGUAGCCAGGACAGAUGGCACUGGUCUGUGCCCAUACUCUUUGGCCAGUCUGUGUUCCUGUGUGAGGACAAAAGGGUGCCAGGUGAGUGUUUGGCACUGAAACACUUAUAGUAAGUUGCACCUCAGCUCUCACCUUCUUAAAUUGUAUUCCCUGUUGCUUUCCACAUUCUUCCUCCUUUCAGUCACAGUACGCAGUUCCUUGUCUGUUGCUAGAGCUGGGGUGCAGACUGUGUCUGUGAGGGGUCAGCCAGGGAGCAAGCUGUGCUCGGCUGUGCUGGUUCCUGUAUCAGGACAAAACUCCGCUCCAGCCUCCCCCAUCCUCACUGCUGAGCAUGGUCUGCCCCACCUCUCCCCAAGAACAGCAGAGUGUUUCUACUCUGCUGUCUCCAGCUGGUGUCCUCACCUGAGCACUGCAGCUGCACAGGGACAGAUGAACAGGAGCCACUGCUGCCAUUCUGCCCCACUGAGCAUAGUGAAGUGCAGCAAGCAGGCUGCAGCUGAUGCUGCACUCAGAGGUGGUGUGGUUAAUACCUGCUUCCUUCAGCACUUCCAUGGGCAGCUUUCUUCCAUUUUCCCACCUCGGGUUCCUGAGGUGUUGGCAUUCCUGCUCUUUAAGGAACAGCACAGCCUCAUUUUCAAGACACCCCUGAAGCUGGACCCUGUAUUUGGUCAGUAUGCCCUUAGCUAGGCUGAGCAGCUUUCUUUUACUCACAGAUCUGUCUUUCAAAAUCCUUUACUUGCUCUUUCUUAGGCAGGUUAAAAAACCCUCCCAAAGCAGCAGGCAUUUCAGAUCCCGUUCCUCCAGGGAGCCCUGCAUUGGCAAAUGAUGGACAGCUCUCAUGGCAAUGUAACUUUCAGGGCUGGUUUAAAAUCCCCACAAAGCCAGCAUGUUUAGAACUAAACUAAUCCUGAAUUAAUGUGAGUUGACUGACAGGACUCUUGCAGCCAGCAGAAUUCAGCCCUGACAUCUCCACCUCAGCAGGAGGAGACACUUCUUUACGGUGAGGGUUGCAGAACACUGGAGCAGGCUGUGCAGAGAGGUUGUGGAGUCUCCUUCUCUCGAGAAGUUCCACACUCACCGUGGAUGCAUUCCUGUGCAGCCUGCCACGGGGUGAUCCUGCUUUGGCAAGGGGCUUGGACUCAAUCUCUGGAGAUUCUCUCCAACCCCUAAGGUUCUGUGAUACUCCUGUACUUUAAAAUACUGAUGCCCUGUGCUAGCUGUUUAAACCCACCAGGGCAGAGGACAAGUUCAAAUCCAUUUGUUAUUCUCAGCUAAGCUAACACUGCCCUCAAAAAGUAACUUUCAGAAGAGUAAAGGUGUUUCAUAUUCCAUCCAUGGUAAUAAACCCUUCCCUUGUCCCCCUUACCUACACACAGGAACUCAAGUCUGAUUUGAAGCACUUGCUAACAUCUGUGAUGAGAAGAAGCAGUAGGUCUGUUCUGUACUGGUCUGGAGGUAUUCAUAUAAACCAGGUUGCCUCACACAGCAUCUCUUACUAGAAGCAGCAAUUCUUUAGAAGACAAAUCUUACUUUUAGUAUCAGCCCUGGGAAGCUCUUUUCUAGACUGAAUGUAAGCAGUGGCUGGCACAUGCUGUGAGCCACAUGAACAACAAGCAGCACUGAAAAAGGUUUGCAGCAGGUAGAUGUUUUGGCUCUAAGUUCUGUGUUAGCUAGAACAGAAAGCUGCCUUCCUGUCCUGGGACUCUGCAUUUGACUAACACUAGGAAAAGAACAGGAGAUAGAUGUGCACAGACAGACCUGCAGAAAACAAAACCCCAUCUGCACUGGAGCCAGGGCUCUAGAGCUGCUGCUGCUGCUGCUCCAGAAGAAACUUCCUGCAGUCUUUGAGUAUUGCUGAGCUCUCUGCACUAAACAUUUUUCUCAAUGCUGUGGUUCUCUUGAGCUUAGAGAAUUGCAGGCAGUGGUCUUGGGUUUCAAUCUCAAACCAGUCAGAAGUACAGCACUGGAAAACUGAGCUGGUCAAAAAAACUGAGAGUAAACUCUCAGGUAUUUGUUUUAGCUGCCUUAAGUAGUAAAAGGAGAAUUUUACUUCCUUGAGCCAGAUCCUCACCAUUUAAAUUAGGACUAGGAAGGUGCUUGGAUCUCUCACACCCAAUUAAACCAGUACUGUAAGGACCUGGGCAAAUGCAAGUUUCCACAGGGCAGCAGCUCACCAUGUGCCAGCUGCUCUACCACAACUGACAGCAAGUCUGUGCCCUCACAGCAAGAUGCUGCUGCCACCAUGUCACUCACCUCCUUUUGUCCCCAGAACAGCAUCACAGGAUGCCCUUUCCCAGUUCCCAUGCACACAGGGAGGGUCUGGUAAGCAGCUGCUUUAUGGUGCCUGCCUUCUAGGACAGAGUUUUUACAGGGCCCCACCAUUGUCCUCUAAGGAUUCGAUGCCAUCUUUUGUCAUUCUCCAAGGGCUUUGAAGAGCAGGAUUUGUGGAGACCAAGAUUCUAUAUAUGGUGCAUACAGAAACUUGCCACAAUCAUGGAAUGAAGGUUGGCAGGGAUCCUGCUGAAACGCUAAACAGAACUGCAGAGAGGAAGACAGAAGCCAAAUAUUUGUUUUGAUAUUAAAUACUGGGCAGGAUUUAGAGCUCUCUGCAUGCUCAUCAGAGGGCUGCACACAUCUACCUUACUGCUGCUCUAUGGGGACAAGCAAACAUUUAGGACCCCUCCAGGGUUGCUAUGGCCCAGACUGUGCUUGCAGCAUUCCUUGUGGCCACACAACUUUACUCCAUUUCAGAGCACAGCUGUUAACUUCCUUGUUAACCCAAUUUACAGAGUAAAAAGUACACAGAAGUGUCAGGCCCCAUUAAGCCGAGGUGCUCCAAAACCACACCAACCUACUCACCACAGCAACCUACUCGGUGGUUUGUACAUUAUGGUGGAAGGAAACUUGUAAUGUAAAAGCACUUCUCCUACAUGCCACCAAGUGGUACUCCAGGGUCCUGCCCCCGUGCAGCAGCAAUGCUCUCUUAAUCUGCAGUCUCAAGUCACCCGUGGAGACUUGGUUUGCAGCAGCUGGCAGCAGUUGGCAGCAGUUGGUAGUUCCCAGGGUAUUCCCAGACAAGUAAAGCCCUACUCUAAUUGUACAGCAGCAUGAAGCAGCAGUGGCUCCUGACCUCUGUCCUCCACUUUUGGAAGUGCAAUAAACUAAAGUUCUGUGAGUGCAAACUGCAAGACCUGAGCAAAGCCAAGGGUGUUUCUCCACCCAGCACACUUCUUCAGGCAGGUUACUUACUCUAGAGAAUUGACUUACCAGCAAGCAGUAAAGAGCAGUGGGGCAGCAGCUGGACCUCCCUCUGUGUACACCACUGGAAUCACAUCUGGAAUGAAGCUGAUGGUUUUCAGCAAGUGGAACUGUACUGCAGAGUGAAGCUGAAAUCACUUUCACAAGGUACAUGUUAGAAAGAAGCAGCUUCUGGUUUUAUACAGAUGCUCCAAGGGACCUCCCCUUUCCAGUCUAUUUAUUUAGAGAUGUUCCUGUGAGUAUUUUUCUUAACUCUGUACAAACUGAUUGUGCUUAUUCUGUUGCCUUUAAAACAAAGAAGUAUUUUUUUAAGCCAAACUGUGGUUCUGUAUGAAGAGAAUGUUUACAUGUUUAACUUCUCAGUUGCUUUAGGUACAUGUUUUGUAAGUCAGAAAAUAAAGACUAUUGAUAAAUUGCA